CUCACUCAAUGAAAUCAAUCUUAAAAAGCAGUUGAUCCAAAGCAUUCUAACAAUUUUGUUUGUUUUAUCGCGGGUGGUGGGUAAGCGGCCACGGCAAGCGGCGAAAUCAGGAACACAAAAUCAACGAAUCGUUGGAAGAUCGAACUGUUCAUAAUUUUGAUGAACAAUUCACUCUGGAAACCUGUUCAAAUAAAUAGAUAACCACUCGUGUUCUUCAUUUCGCGGGAAAAACAGGGAAAAGAUCUUGCAGUGGAUGAGAAGAAGCCAUGGCAGCUGUACAGUGCAUAAGCUUCUGCAAACCAUUUGGGACAAAAAUGGCUUUCUCCCCUUCUUCAUGUGCCCUUGCAAUCUCUCGUACGAUUCAUUCCACGUUCAAAACUUCCAGAUCAUUGCCGAAGGUCUCGAUUUCCAGAUCGAAUAGGGUAGUUCCGGCUGUGAUUGCCAAAGAGAGUGCCGAUGGGGCGACUGUCUCUACCACCGAUGCGUUUAAUCUUACUUAUCUGGAGGGCAAUAGUUGGUUGUGGGAAGUGGGCGAUCUGUCCAUUUUGGUAGAUCCUGUUUUGGUUGGUACUCUUGAUUUUGGUAUCUCGUGGCUGUAUGAGGCCUCCAAGAAGAUAUUGAAGAAUUUCCAGCUGAAUGAACUUCCUGAGGUUGACUGUUUACUUAUUACACAAAGCCUUGAUGAUCACUGCCACUUGAAGACUUUGAGGCCUCUCUCUGAGAAGUCUCCUAAUCUAAAAGUUAUAGCAACUCCAAAUGCAAAGGCAUUGUUGGAUCCACUUUUCAGCAAUGUGACUUACUUAGAAUGCGGUCAGAGCUCAGUUAUUGAAGCAAAAAAUGGAUCUCAAGUACUCAUUAGAGCCACUGCUGGACCAGUUCUAGGUCCUCCCUGGCAGCGUCCUGAAAACGGGUAUCUUGUUAUUUCUCCCCAAGGCCAGCUGACUCUUUAUUAUGAACCUCAUUGCUCUUACAACGAGGAAUUUUUGGGGAAACAAAGGGCUGAUAUUGUCAUCACACCUGUUAUAAAGCAGCUUCUGCCUAAUUUUACUCUCGUUUCUGGACAAGAAGAUGCAGUUCAACUUGCAAAGCUGCUGCAUGCAAAGUUCAUCGUGCCAAUGAAUAAUGGAGAUAUGGAUAGCAAAGGGCUUCUUGCAAGCUUAGUUAGUGCUGAAGGGACAAUUGAAUCUUUCAAGGAACUGUUGUCAAAGGAACUUCCAGAGGCAGUGGUCCUAGAGCCUACUCCUGGCGUACCACUUUGCAUUCCCCCACCUUCAGAUCAAGCGUAGUGCCUGCAUUAUUCUGGUUCUCAUAAAUGACCUCCCCCAGGUUUCAUAAUAAAAUGAAGCCUGUGUUCUUCAUUCAGUUAUAUUGAUCCCGAGAUUGAUCUCUGAAAGUCUGCAAGAUAAUUUUUGGUAUAGGAGAGUGUUUGAGCAAGGAAUAGAAAACCAUAAUGGCCCAUGGGCUCCCUUCUGCUGAUUAGCUUAUGUAUUACUUGCUUUUUUUUUUUUUCUUUUACCUGGGUGGGGUCUAUAUUUUAAAACUGUACUCUCUUAUGACUAUUCUAAGCGGGUCAUAGUUUGUACACACCCCAGCUAAUUUCACGAGACAAUUAUCUGAUCCUUA